GUCCUAGCGCAUGCGCAGUGUAACCCAGUCGUUGCUUCAGCUGUCACUUCUCUGACCCCAAGCAGUUGACUCGUCUCUGCCGGGCCCGACAUGGGUCUGAUUACAGGAGUUUGUGCCUUCUUGUACCACCUACCUCAGAUUUACAAAUGGCUACUGAAACCGUAUUAUGUCACCUCGUUCUUCAUGACUGUCGCCUUCCUGCUGGUCCGAAAGACUCCCGGUCUGUGCGAGCACCUGGCGACCCAACGGGAGGACGGCAACUCCUGCGACUUUGACUGGAGGGAAUUGGAGAUUCUCAUGUUUCUCAGCGCGAUAGUGAUGAUGAAGAACAGGAGGGCCAUCACACUGGAGCAACACAUGGGCAACUUGUUCAUGUUCAGUAAAGUGGCCAACGUCAUCCUCUUCUUCAGGCUGGAUGUUCGGCUUGGCAUCCUUUACCUUGUAGUGUGUGUCGCAUUAGUCAUGACCUGUAAGCCACCUCUCUACAUGGGCCCAGAGUACAUCAAGUACUUCAGUGACAAGACCAUAGAUGAGGAGCUGCAGAGGGACAGUCGUGUCACCUGGAUUGUUGAAUUCUACGCUAACUGGUCCUCUGACUGCCAGUCCUUCGCCCCCACUUUUGCCAACCUUUCACUGAAGUACAACUGCGCAGGACUCAGGUUUGGGAAGGUGGACAUUGGACGCUAUGGAGAAGUUUCACAGAGGUACAUGGUCAGUACUUCCCCUCUGGCCAAGCAGCUGCCCUCACUGCUGCUUUUUCAAGGAGGGCGGGAAGUUAUGAGACGUCCAAUGGUAGACAGUAAAGGGAGAGCUGUAUCUUGGACUUUUACUGAGGAGAACAUCAUUCGAGAGUUUAACCUCAACGAGUUGUUCCAGAAAUCCAAAAAGUUGAACAAAGGUCGCGGUGUUAAGGUGGAGGAGCAGGACGAUUCUCAGCCAGAGGAGGGCAGCAGUGAGCUCCAUCCUGACACUGACAACCCAGAGCAGCCAACAGAGAGCAAGAAAGACCAGUGAAGUGAAUGAUUCAUAGUGAAUCCUGACUGGUUUCAGACAGCCAGGUCAUUUGGCUCAGGUCAGCAGUAAGAGUCGGCUCCCAAACGGUUCUUUAUUUAGUACUACUUCUGGCUUUUAUAAUUCAGCCAAAUUUAGCAAUGUUUUGAUCUGUGAUUGGUAUCUAUGUGCACCUGUAUCACGUAAAUUAUUCAAUUUGAUUAUACUAAGCUGUAGAAAUUCCAGAACACAUAUUUUACAUUGUUUGGUAUAAAAUCGUUACACUAUGUUGGAUGUACGGUUCUAAUAUGCCUGUAAAGAUUACUAGACCCUGCUCGAUAUGAGUUUUAUUUUACAAAUUGUGCCUUCUGCCUUUGUGUUGUGUUACUAAAAUGGAUCCAACUCGG